AAAAAUAAAAUAAAAUAAAAUAAAAAUUCAAGUAUCAUUUAAUAUUAUUACUAAGUAGGCUUAUCUGUGGUUUGAUUUCUCAGAGAUUCUCUGAAAUUUCCAUUAGAUCAGGAACCGAAUUUUAACAACUGGAAAGCUGAUUUAGCUUUCUCAGUUAAAGGUCAGAUUUUAAAGAGUCGGCCUUUUUUCUUGUGGAUUUGUUUUUUGUGGUUUUUCUUGCAUUUCAUAACUAGUCUUUCUGAUGCUUGAUGCUCUUCCAACUGUUACGCAUGUCUCAAUUUUGGAUUGGUUUGUCGAUAUCAACAGCGAUUAUGAUCUUUUCAGAUUGGUGGAAAGAUUUCUGUAUUGGGAGAAUCAGAGAUAAUAGUGUAAAUCUGCUUGUUUUGUUUCUGUAACUUUUAAGAUUUUAGAUCUGAUCGAUUUGCAAAUUGUAUGAAAUCCAAACUCAAGAGGUGAAAUUUGUGGAUCGGAGGUUCUCCUGAGUUUUUCGGCCGUGGUUUUAUUUCAUAUAAUGGAUUAUGAUGAUUUUAGAUCGAUUUUGAGGGAUUCAGGGGUGGAUAUCUGGACUUUCAUUUACACUGCAAUCUCUGUUGCAUCUUUGGAUUACGGAAACGAAUUGAAAGAUCGAAGGGAUGGAAUCAUUGAACGGCUUUACACACCAAUGGUUCGUCGGUGUCUGAAUUGUGAUCUUGAUUCGAAUAAAGAGAGUAAAAAGUUGCAGCAACAAUCGCGAGCAGAGGCUUCAAUUGAAAAGGAAAGCAGCAGCCCCGAAGGAAAGGGAGGUUUUCCUUCGACUCCGCAGUCACUUGACAGGGAUGAAGACCUAGAUCAGAGCUAUGAACACUCGCCGAUUGUCGACGAGGAGACUAGGAUUCUCAAUAUCAGGGAUCAUCUUGAAGAUCCCGAUCAGUCGGAUGAUUCUGUGAUAAAUCUGCUACAAAACCUAGCAGACAUGGAUAUAACAUUCAAAGCUCUCAAGGAGACGGACAUCGGAAGGCAUGUAAACCACUUGAGAAAGCAUUCAUCCAACGAAGUUCGUCGAUUGGUUAAGCAACUCGUCAGAAGAUGGAAGGAUCUUGUUGACGAAUGGGUGAAGUUGAAUAAACCAGGAGAAACAGCAAAUUCUGCACUCAUUGCUGAUGGAGACUCCCCUCAACCAAACACCCUAAAAAGCAAUCAUAACGUUCAUCAUCACCAGGUUCCUGAUUUCGCUUACUCUCCGAAUCCACACAAUGGAAGUUCUGGUUCAGAUAAGAAUCACUCAGAGUCAGAGUUGAAAGGAAAAGCCAUUAAUCCUAGGAGGGAAACUCAAAUUAAGACACCCCAAUCUGCCUCUGCAACUACUUCUGUUACUCCAAAUAAACAGAGAGAACAGAGGGAGAGCACCAUUGCUGAUCCUGAAAGGCUAGCUUCAGCAAGGAGACGACUUCAAGAAAACUACCAAGAAGCCCAGAAUGCGAAAAAGCAAAGAAAGAUUCAAGUCAUGGACCUUCACGACAUACCAAAACCCAAAAAUUCAUUUUUUGGGAAGAAAGGUGGAUUCCAGGCGAGGAAUUGGUGAUUAUCUAUCUAUUUCAUAAUGCUAAUGGGCAGACCGGGAAAGUAAGAACCGGUUUACCCUGUGACUUUAUCUCUGGAUUUUUCGUUUAAAUUGAUUAAAGGAAUUUAAUUCGAAAAAAAAAAAAUAUAUAUAUAUAUAUGUAUAUAAAAGUUGAGAAGGCUCAUUCACUCCUUCACUCCUUCACUCCUUCACUCCUUCCUAGAUCGAGUAACGUAUAUGACUUAGUAGAUCUCCACGUGGGUUGUAAGUUGUGCUUGUUAGGGACAGUGGCGUCAACAGAGCGCGUUAGUUAACUAACUGAUUAUCUCAAGUUAGAGCUCCAA